AAUCAAAAUGUUCGCAUGCGAAUCUUUAGAAACGUCAUCCACAUUGCCACUGAUUCGCAUGCGCUGCUCAGGCGAUUCUGUAAAUGAUUGGCUACCACUGCAGCAGGAUUGGAGCUCUAGGAUUUGUAUGCUGCCAGAGCGUUACGGAGGCUCAUUUGCAAAUCGCAUCGAUGCAUUGGAAACUCGGGACGAUGAUGUAUUUGUGAUAACGUUCAUGAAGUCUGGCACGACUUGGAUGCAGGAGCUUGCCUGGUUACUGCUCAACCAAUUGGAUUUUUCAAGCGCGAAGAGCAGCUUUUUACAGGAACGCAGCGUAUUCUUAGAAGCCUCUUCGAUUUUCGACAAUCUACCAAUGGAUACAAUUGAUGCUUGUAAACGAAUGACAAGUCCACGCCUCAUCAAGUCUCAUCUACCUGCUCAAUUGCUGCCACGUCAAGUUUGGCAGCAAAAGCGAAAGAUAAUCUACGUCGCUCGUAAUCCCAAAGAUGUGGUAGUCUCCAAUUUUCAUUUCUUAACGGGCCUCGGACUUUAUGCAGAUGAUUUUAAUACAUUUGUGAAGGAAUUCAUAAAUAAUAAGACAUUUUAUACUUCAUACUGGACGCAUAUUGUAGAUUUCUGGCGAAUGCGCAAUGAGCCAAAUAUUUUUUUCGUCACCUACGAGCAAAUGAAACGCGACUUGAAGAACGUUAUUGAGCAGUUGAGCGCAUUUCUGGGUGUCAAUAGCCUCGAUGCGCAGCAAAUGGAACAACUAUUGAAUCACCUUAAAUUCGACAAUAUGAAACAAUCGAAAUAUAUUAAUGGGACCGCAUCAUUAAAGAAACUAAGAAAAACCUCAGAAAACUUUGAAUUCUUUCGUCGCGGAAUAGUUGGAUCAUUCAAAGAUGAGCUGAGCGAGCAUCAAAAGCAACAAUUGGAUAAAUGGACUACUGAGUUUUUGAGUGAAUAUAAUCUUAAGGAAAGUGAUAUAUUUGGUCAGCUAUAAAUCUCACUCUCACUCUAAGCAAAAUAUACCACAAUUAAAAAAUUACAAGAUUGGUUAAGCUUCAUUAAA